AUGUCGUUCAACGCGAUGAAGCUCCGUCGCAAGAAGAAUGUCAAGAAGGGUAUCCAGUUCUGCCUGAUGGUCUGUGGUGCCAGCGGAACCGGACGUACCACCUUCGUCAACACUCUUUGUGGAAAGAAGGUCCUGGAAGGCAAGGACUGCGACGACCCGGCCAACGCUCACAUUGAGGAGGGUGUCCGCAUCAAGCCAGUCACAGUUGAGCUGGAAUUGGACGACGAAGGCACCCGCAUCUCCCUCACCAUCGUUGAUACCCCCGGUUUCGGAGACCAGAUUGACAACGAAGCAAGCUUCGGCGAAAUUGUUGGAUACCUUGAGCGCCAAUACGAUGAUAUUCUUGCGGAGGAAUCACGAAUCAAGCGUAACCCCCGCUUCAGGGACAACCGUGUUCACGUCCUGCUCUACUUCAUCACACCCACCGGCCAUGGACUGCGUGAGCUGGACAUCGAAUUGAUGAAGCGCCUUUCUCCCCGUGUCAACGUCAUCCCCGUCAUCGGCAAGGCCGACUCUCUUACCCCUGCCGAAUUGGCCGAAUCCAAGAAGCUCAUCAUGGAGGAUAUUGAGCACUACCGCAUUCCCGUGUACAACUUCCCCUACGAUAUCGAGGAGGACGAUGAGGACACCGUGGAGGAGAAUGCUGAGCUUCGUGGUCUGAUGCCGUUUGCCAUUGUUGGCUCCGAGGACUUCGUUGAGAUUGACGGCAAGAAGGUGCGGGCCAGGCAAUAUCCUUGGGGUGUCGUGGACGUUGAGAACCCUCGUCACUCGGACUUCUUGGCCAUCCGCAGCGCUCUUCUUCACAGCCAUCUCGCAGACCUUAAGGAAAUUACUCACGACUUCCUCUACGAAAACUACCGUACUGAGAAGCUCAGCAAGAGUGUUGAUGGUGCUACGCCCCAUAGUACACAAGACUCUUCGAUGAACCCAGAAGACCUAGCAUCCCAGUCCGUUAGACUGAAGGAGGAGCAGCUUCGUCGCGAGGAGGAGAAGCUCCGUGAGAUCGAACUCAAGGUGCAGCGCGAGAUCGCUGAGAAGCGACAGGAACUGCUGGCUCGUGAGAGUCAGCUGAGGGAAAUCGAGGCUCGCAUGGCGCGUGAAGCAAGCCAGAGUCAGAUUGAUAGCAUCAGCGAUGCUUGA